GGGAUUGUCUUGUAACAGCAGUACAGCACUCUAAUCUAACGUCUCUCUGUUCGACUUUUGUUCCUAGUUCAGUGUUCAGUCAUUGCUGUCUUUCCGCCAGUCGAGAAAGAAGACUUUUCGAAAAAGGAAUCUGAUCGUGCCGUCAUUUUUUGAGGAGCAGUCGACGUCUCGUUAAACGUUAAAAUGGAAGUGAACGACGACAAUCUGAGGACCCUGUCCAACUAUCUUAUUCAGACGUUGGACCCCAAUCCUGCCGUGCGCCGGCCCGCCGAGAGGUUUUUGGAGAGCGUCGAAUUGAACAGGAAUUAUCCCGUUUUGCUUCUGAGGCUCAUAGACUCGAAAGAAGUCGAUCCCACUGUUCGUAUGGCUGGAAGCGUCGUUUUGAAAAACUACAUCAAGCGAAACUGGCCGACGGAGGAAGAUGCACAGGAUAAGAUUGAUGGAAAUGAUCGAGAGACAGUAAAAAAAGUGAUAGUUCAGUCAAUGGUAGUAGCUCCACCAUCAAUCCAGAAGCAACUGUCAGAUGCAAUUUAUACAAUCGGAAAAUCUGAUUUUCCCAUUAAAUGGCCCGAUCUGGUCCCAAAUAUGGUUUCACAAUUCUCCACGGGUGACUUCAACGUCAUAAGCGGUGUCCUGACAACAGCACACUCCAUCUUCAAACGAUAUCGAUACGAAUUCAAGUCGCAAAGCUUAUGGGAAGAGAUCAAAUUUGUACUUGACACAUUUGCAGAUCCAUUAACCAAACUUAUGAGCGUACUCAUGAAAGCAUUUUCAACUGUCGACGAUGCUGCAGUACUGAAUAUCGCAUCCUGCCUUCUCCUAGUGAAUAAGAUUUUCUAUUCUCUUAAUUUUCAAGAUCUACCAGAGUAUUUCGAGGACAAUGCACAAACGUGGAUGGAGUGUUUUCAAGUGCUUUUACGUCUUCAGGAUAAACGUCUCGAAUCAGAUUCAGAUUCUGAGCCUGGCUUAAUUGAAUCGGUCAAGACCCAAGUGUGUGACAACAUCUCUCUGUACGCUCAGAAGUAUGAUGAAGAAUUUCGUCCCUUUCUACCCGGUUUUGUAACAGAUAUUUGGAAUUUACUCAUCAACACAAGUUCACAAGUGAAAAAUGAUAUUCUUGUCAGCAAGGCGCUUAAAUUCUUAUCAACAGUUGCUGAACGAGACAUGUACAAGAAUUUAUUCGAAGAGGCUUCAGUCCUUUCAGACAUUCUAACCAAGGUCAUCAUUCCAAACCUACAAUUCCGAGAAGAAGAUCUUGAGCUUUUCGAAGACAAUCCUGAUGAGUAUAUCCGAAGGGAGGUGGAAGGCCUCGAUUCUGAAACAAGGCGAAGAUCAGCAUGCGAUCUUGUCAAAGUCCUUGCAGGCCACUUUGGUGAGCAGGUGUCCAGUGUUUUCUCGCAAUUUGUGCAAGUCGCAUUGAACGACUACAGAACGGAUCAAGGACGUUGGAUGCAGCUGGACCUUGCUCUCUACAUUGUCACAUGUCUUGCCGAGCGAGGUUCAACCACUAAACAUGGAAUCACCAAGACAUGCGAUCUUGUUCCUAUCCCUGAGUUUGCAGCUGCUAACGUUUUUCCUGAACUCGCCAAAGAAGUAAACCUUCAUCCUGUGAUUAAAGCAGAUUGUAUAAAGUAUAUAAUAAAAUUUAGAAGUAUCCUCCCGAAAGAGAUGCUUCUAGGAGUAUUGCCAGACCUCAUUAGACAUCUAAGUGCGGUGAAUCCAGUUGUUCAUUCCUUUGCAGCUUGUGCCAUUGAAAAGCUUCUCAUUAUCAGGCAGAACAAUGAACUUAUAUUGACCGAGCAAGUUUUAGCCCCUCUUUCAGGGGAUCUUCUUAAAGGACUGUUCGGAGUUUUGACGUCUAAAUCUGAAGAAAACGAUUAUGCAAUGAAAGCUAUCAUGAGAAGCUUUGCAACACUUCAGGAUUCUUUGCUUCCAUUCUUGAGUGAACUGCUACCAGUGCUUACAUUAAAAUUGAGAGUCGUCGCAAAAAAUCCUAUUAAGCCGCAUUUCAACCAUUUCCUCUUUGAGACUAUUUCAAUUUCUAUAAAGGUUGUCUGUCAGAAGAACUCUAGUGCAGUGAGCUUGUUUGAAGAAGCCCUUUUCCCCACAUUUGAAGUUAUUCUACGUGAAGAUAUACAAGAGUUUGUUCCUUAUAUAAUGCAGGUUCUUUCAAUGAUGCUCGAGAUCCACAAUGAAAUUCCCGGUCCCUACCUGGGCCUGUAUUCUUGCCUUUUGGCCCCCGCCUUAUGGGAACGCCCCGGCAAUGUAAAAGGCCUUGUACGCCUAUUUAAGAGCUACAUCAGGAAGUCAACCCCAGCGCUUUAUGAGUCUCAUCUCAAAUUACCCGGCAUACUUGGUGUUUUCCAAAAGCUGAUAUCGACUAGAGCAAAUGAUCAUGAAGGAUUUUUUCUUCUCCAGUGUCUCUUCACUUACUGUCCUAGGAACCUUCUCGAGCCAUUUAUUAAGCAGAUAUUCGUUCUAUUAUUCCAGAGGCUAAUGUCUAGCAAAACGACUAAAUUCGUUUGCUGCCUCUUAGUUUUCUUUUGUUUUUACACACUUCGAUUCUCAAGCACAGAGUUUAUCGACCUAGUAGAUUCUAUUCAACCUCGGAUGUUUGAGAUGAUACUGGAAAAACUGUUUGUCCCGUAUGCACAGAAGAUUACCGGAAAGACAGAAAGGCGCACUGCUGCACUCGGCAUGGGAAAAAUGCUCGUGGAAAAUAAAAGGCUUCGAGAAGGGGAUUAUUCUCAACAGUGGCAGCAACUUCUCAAAGUCCUCACAGAUUUGAUGGAGAACCCAGUAGAUGAAACAGUCUCUGUCGAGGACCAUUACGUCGACGUAGAAGAUUUCCAGGGCUACGAGGCCACUCACAACGAACUCGUAUUCAUUGGACAAGUUAAGGAAGAUCCCCUAAAAGGAAUGGUAGAUCCUAACUUGUACCUUCAGCUAGGAGGGUCCCUUACCACAAACCAAAUGGAAAUACUGAAGAACUGCUUUGCUCAUUCAUAACUUUUUAAAAUAUAUUUAUAUAUAUAAGAAGUUUUAUACAAUUUUUCUACAAUUAAAACUAUAAAAACCCGGUCAGAAACAUUGUAACUACUUUUUAAGCUUGUUAAUGUAUAUAUAUAUAAUUGUUAAGUUAUUGUAAGGUUCUCCUUUCUCUCGAAUUAAAAAAAAAAAAUUGUGUUA